AUGACGAUGCCGCUCAGCCCCCUCUCCAGUGAUGAGGAGCAGCAAAGGAUGCUGGGAAAUAGUCAGCACUUCUAUCCAGGGACAGAAGAGGAGGGAGCAGAAGAGGAAGAUGAGGAAGAAAGACAGGAGGAGAAUCAAGUGGAGGGAGAAGAUGAGAAUGGAGAGUUAGAGGAAGGGGAAGAUGAUGAAGAUGAUGAUAUAGUUGGACGUGGUCAUUUGAGAGGAGGCAGGGACGAGGGGCCCAGGCAAUCAGGCAACAUGCUUGGACGACAGGCAGGAGAUAGACAGUUACGGUCUGCCAACUUGGGACAUGGUGGAAACCCUCAUUCUUCAAACAUAGGACCCAUCCAUCAUCAACUGGCAAAUCAAAAGCAGCAACACCACUCCUCAGCCAAUCCACAGAAGCAGCGACGACUGUUAGAGCGCAGCCAGAGUACAGCACCCGCUACAGAUGAAACACAUAUCUCACUGAUGGUAUUCCGCAUUGGCAUCCCUGACAUCAAACAGACGAAAUGUCUACGAUUCAGCCCGGAUGAGACAGUGUGGAGUGCUAAGCAGCAGGUGCUGUGCUCUCUGACAGAUUCCCUUCGGGAUGUGCUCAACUAUGGCCUUUUCCAGCCUGCCACUGAUGGUCAUGAUGCAAAGUUCUUAGAAGAGGAGCGAUUUCUUCGGGACUACCCACAAUCCUUUGAGAAAGGGGUGCCUUAUCUGGAGUUUCGCUACAAGACCAGAGUCUACAAACAAACAAAUCUGGAUGAAAAACAAUUAGCCAAACUGCACUCCAAGGCAAGUUUGAAGAAAUUUAUGGAUUACGUACAAAAUGGAUCAGUGGACAAGGUAGCCAAGUUCUUGGAAAGGGGGCUUGACCCAAACUACCAUGAUUCUGACAAUGGGGAGACACCCCUUUGCUUGGCAGUACUGUCUGAACAAGGUGGAGGGGAAACAAUCAGGACCCUGGUUUUGGGGGGGGCGCACAUUGACUUCCGAGCUAAGGAUGGACUCACCCCUGUGCACAAGGCUGUCAGAGCACAAAAUCAUGCUGGGCUGCUGGUCCUCCUAUCUAUGGGGGCAUCUCCUGACUACAAAGACCGCUGGGGCCUGACACCACUCUACCACACUGUGCUCAUAGGGGGGGACACCUCCUGUUGUGAAACCCUACUGUACCACAGGGCCAAGCUGGGGGUUAGGGAUGAGAACUGCUGGGAUGAAACGCACCAGGCCUGCCAGAAUGGUCAUGCGCAGCACUUGGAACACCUUCUAUUUUAUGGGGCAGACUACAGUUCCCAGAAUGCCUCAGGAAACACUUGCCUACACAUUUGUGCUCUAUACAACAAGGAAAGCUGUGUCCGCAUCCUGCUCUAUAGAGGUGCCAAUAAGGAGGCAAAGAACAAGAAUGGUCAAACCCCCUUCCAGGUAGCAGUAAUGUCAGGCAAUUUUGACCUGGGAGAGAUUAUUAAAAAUCACCGUGACACAGAUGUAGUGCCCUUCAUCGAAUCACCGAAAUAUGCUCCUCAGAGACGUGAGAGUGCGCGUACCCUUGCCCUUCCCCAUGCACACCCACACCCUCUGCUCCGUGCCAACAGUGAUACCACUAUGAACAUGCCAGACUGGAUGGCUGUGCCCAACACUUCUGGACCCAACAUUGUUUCUGUACAGGGGCACAAGCCCUCAGGCUCCAUCCGCAGCUCCAGCAGUCCCCGUGGUCCCCGCACUCGCUCCCCAUCCCGAGGCAGAGGGGCAGAGAGGGAAGACAAAAGCCGCCAGGCCCGUGGGAGACAGGGGCUAGCAUCAACUGGCAAUGCAGGGCCAUCAGGGGGCCAGAGGAGGCGUCUCUAUAGUGCUGUACCGGGACGAGUCUUUGUGGCAACAUGCUCUCACUCUGCUCAGGGAGAGAGGGGGAUCGGUCUGAACAAGGGGGACAGAGUGAAAGUACUAAGUGUAGGAGAGGGAGGAUUCUGGGAAGGCACAGUGAGGGGUCGGACUGGCUGGUUCCCCUCGGACUGCGUAGAGGAGGUGGCAGCGCGUAACCAGGACACCCGCUCAGAAAGUCGCAGUGAAAAGGCCAGGAGGUUGUUCCGUCACUAUACUGUUGGAUCAUAUGACAGCUUUGAUGCCCCAAGUGACUACAUUAUUAAGGAGAAGACGGUGCUCCUGCAGAAGAAAGACAGUGAGGGUUUUGGCUUUGUGCUGAGGGGAGCUAAAGCUCAGACUCCUAUAGAGGAGUUUACUCCCACACCAGCUUUCCCUGCUCUGCAGUAUCUAGAAUCAGUGGACGAAGGGGGUGUGGCCUGGAGAGCUGGCCUGCGAAUGGGAGACUUCCUUAUUGAGGUGAAUGGCCAGAAUGUGGUGAAGGUGGGGCACAGACAGGUGGUCAACAUGAUCAGGCAAGGUGGGAACAGCCUCAUGGUGAAGGUUGUCAUGGUAACCCGUAACCCAGAGAUGGAGGAGGCAUCCAGGAAGAAAAUGCCCCAGCAGAGUAAGAGAUUGACUCCCCCUGCCAUCUCGAUGCGCUCCAAAUCUAUGACCUCAGAGUUGGAGGAAAUGGUGGAGAAAGCUGCAUCCCCAUGGAAGAAGAAAGCAGAGUUCGAGUCUUCACAAGUUUCAGAGAAGAAGAGGACCGUCUAUCAGAUGGCACUGAAUAAACUUGAUGAGAUAUUGGCAGCUGCUCAGCAGACAAUCAGCACCACUGAAGGGCAAGGCUCACGUCUGCAUGGAGGAAAGAGGGAUCGAACCAGGGGUUUGUUCACCAGCGAGACCACUUAUGACCAAUCAGGAAUGGGCAUGAUGUCAUCUGGGACAGGGUUUGGUUAUGAUCGACCUCAGUUUGUAUCAGGCCAUAUCCCCCAGCACGGUAUGAUACUACGACAGAAAUCAAUCGGUGUGACAGAGGAAGAGAAGCAGUACCUCCAUCCACCGGCUAUGAAGUUUUCACGAAGCCUGUCAGUCCCUGGCCCAGAUGACAUCCCUCCUCCCCCAACAACAGCUCCACCGGAACCUCCCUUAUCUGCUGGCCCACACUCAGGCUGGAGAGGGAAGCAGUCUCAACAGCCCCCAGGGUCUGCACCUCAUAUCUCCCCUCAGUCUGCCCACUACCAGCUGUACCAGCAGGCAGGACACUUCUCCCACACAGGCAGAGACAGAGGGGGGGCAGGUGGGGGUACAGACCACCCGCACCCUUUUCAUUCUCAACAAAGCCGGGCGGCAUCCCGGAAAGGAGCUGGCUACAUGGGGGACACCUCAGGAGCUGCAGGUGGAGGGGGGAGGGCGGCUGGCUUGAGGAGGGGUUACAGUAAUGCUGUUACCCCCUCUGCUGCAGCUGCUAUGUCCCAGGAGCAAAUGUCUGCCUCUCAACAACAGCUGUCUCGAUUGGACAGAAGUAACACUGGGGCUGUGGGGGGUGGGGGAGUGCUCAAAGGGGGAGGCAGAAGAGGAAAAGGCCCCUUGGUAAAGCAGUCCAAAGUUGAGGAUGGAACUCGGCAGAGUCAUGCUCUGGCCAAGGCCUUGCCGGAGAAGAGCUCCAUCCCCAUCCCCACCAUCAUAGUGAAGGCCCCCUCCACCAGCAGCAGUGGCCGCAGCAGCCAGGGCAGCAGUGUGGAGGCAGAGCCAACUGCAGACACUGACUCCAAACCCCCUCCUGGUGCCCCUGCAGGUCCUACAACCUCUACACCCUCCUCCAUAGCUUCACCUCAGCCUCUUUCUUCUCCUCUUCCCCCUUCCUCUGUCCCCCCUUCUCUUCCUUCUCUGUGCAGCCAGGAAAACCUGGACUUUACCAGUCAGUUUGGGGCAGCUAUUGUGGGGGCAGCUCGCAGAGACAGGGAGCGAUUCCGCGAAGCAAGAAGGAAGAGUGCAUCCUUUUUUCUUUCAGCAGAAGAAGACCUUGAGGGAGGGGUAGGAGUGAGGGCCCAAGGCUCACAACAACAUUGUACGGAAAUCGAAGGCCCCUCCCCUCGUCUCCGACCGUCGAAAUCUAUAGAUGAGGGUAUGUUUUCUGGAGAUACUUUUAUUCACCAUACACGCAGCAUGCCUCCUGCAUUUGGUCUACCUGAAUACUCCUCCCCAGCCCCUGGAGGUGACUAUCAGCCCAAAUCAGUGCCAGGUGACUUCUAUGGAUCUGGGAAACAGCCGGCCACAACCUUCAUCCACCCACUCACAGGAAAAGUACUUGACCCUUCGUCCCCACUGGGUCUGGCUCUAGCAGCAAGAGAAAGAGCUCUGAAAGAUGAUGGGAGAAUUCGACGGGAAAGCCACUUUGGACGCCAGCUCUCCAGUGUGGCAGCCUUCCCGUCCACUGCCUCUGUGGCCCCAGCUCCCCUCCGGACUCACAUAUCCCCCACUUCUGCCACCUCACCCUCCCAGUCCUCCAGCUCCUCUUACCUUGUUACUUCCUCCUCUCUGGCAGCUACCACCUCAACUGUGGGCCGUCCACCUUCCCCAAGGAUAUUGCGUGGCGGAUGGGGAGAGGAUGGAACAGAAAAGGAAAAAGAAAGCGGACCCAGAGAGGGGUUGAGAGUACGAUUUUCAGAAGACAAAACUGUCCACACGCAUCACUUUCAGCCUGAGCAGGGCCCAUCAAGCUACAGAGAAAGGGAGAGGGAGGGGUAUGGCAGAAAGCAGGAUCAGCAGCCUACCACACAGCCACUCUAUCCAUCUGCUCAACAGGCACCACCUCGACGGCCCUCGUUCUUACGGAUGGAAAGUGAUGCUAGUGCCUACGUCUUGUCCCUGACACCUCCCUCCCCUCCCCCUGUGGCGCCAGACCGUACACAAGGGAGUGGAACAGGAGAGAGCGGGACCUCAGGGCUCAUGGUACUGCCCCCCCCUGCACCCUCUGUGGAUGCGGAUGAUGAGUUUGUCUUUGCUGACCCGCUGCCCCCACCCCUUCAGUUUGCAAACAGCUUUGAUCGUGGACUGGGAGGAAUGCCGGGGUACAACCAACAGGGGGGGAAAAUGUACUCCUCCCAGAAAGCCACACCACCCCCACCCCCCCCUCCCCCACCCCCCCCCCAAAAAGAACCUUUCAUAGGAAAUCUCUCCCAACACACCCCCCUACCUUCUCCACAGGCUGGAGACUCCACUGCUUCAAGUCUCACCUCCUAUGACAGUGAAGUGGCUAACCUCACCCAAUCAGCACUCUCCCCUUCUACAUCAUCCUCCACCCACCCACAACCACCACCCUCACCCUCUACCCUUCAGCCCACUACCUCGGAGUCAUCUGCACCUCCUUCCAUCUCUCCACCUCCCCCAUCCUCUGGAAACCUGCACAGACCUUUCCCACUGUCCCACUCUCACCAUUUAAUCAAUAGCACACAUGCCCCAGGACGCUCCUCCCCCACCCCUCCCCCUCUCACCACUGUACAUCCCACAAUAUGCCCAACAUACCGUAGCCCUUCCCCGAACUCCGCCUCAGACACAGGCUCUGUAUCUGUGACUGUUUCCCAUGCAACCACCACCGCCACUACUGCUCUAACCACUACUACUGCCACCACCUCACUCUCAGAGCUUGCUGUUAUCACCAUCACCAGUGGUGGGGGCAGGAGAGCAGACCAUCCCCCGACCCCCACCAAAAGUGGAGAGUCCCAAGAGACGGUGGUAGACUCUGGGAUUGAGGAGUUGGACAGUCGCAGCAGCAGUGACCAUCAUUUGGACAACAUCUUAGGAAUUGGGGGAACUAGAGGAGAUAGAAUAGUGAGUGGAGAGGGGGAGAGAGCAAGUGACCUCCUGGACACCUACAUGACUUGCUUGGAUGGGCAAACAUUUGAAAUGCACAAUGCCAAAUCAGCGAGCUCCACCUACCCAAAACUGCAGCGCUACAGGGACAGCGGGAGUGCAGUGUCCGAACUGCGCAGGCACACCAGCACCGCACCCGCCUCCUUUCGCUCCCAGAAACGGAGAGAUGAGGAGGCAAUGGAAGCUGAGGCUGAGAGGGCAGGGAGAGAUGAGGGGGAUGAAACAGGGGUUGGACCGGAUAGUUACAGUGAAACACAGAAUUUGGAUCGACCUUCAUCCAUCUACUUUGAGCGGCCCCACACCCCGGAGCUCAAGCCCCAGUGGGUUGAGGAGGGCAUGGGAGUGGUGGGUGAAGGGGUGGAGGAAGGAGUGAGCCAGGGAAGGGGGAUGUUUUUGGAAGGACGGAAGCUGCAAUCCCCUCUCUCCAGCAUGAAGGCUAGUAUCAUCAGUGAGCUCAGCACUAAACUGCAACAGAUGGGAAACAAAAGCAUGGAGGGUUGGGGAGGUCAGAGGUCAAUAAGCAGACACAGGCACAGGUUUUCAGAAGACUCCUCUACUUCUGCUCUAAGCCCUCCUACAGCCCGCUCCCCUUCCCCAUUACCUACAUCUCCCUGUCAGCCUCACCAGCCAGCCCUGUCCCCCACCCCUUCCCUUUCCUCUCAGUCUCCACUGUAUCCCAGUUGGACUCGAUCUCCAUCCCCUCAGCCUUCCAUAGCUCCGUCCCAACCACAGCAAGCCCACCCUCCACUCUCACCAUCCUACUCCCCCUACCCUACCUCACCUAAACACCGGGCUUCUUACCGCAGCAAAGCCUUGGAGUUCCAGUUUAUCCCAAGCCGGGAGUCCCGCAGGUCUGAUUCCCACCACUUACAACGGCGCCGUGCUCCCAGCCCCCUGAUAUCCCCUUCUGAAAGGCCCAAGCUUGCUCCACCCCGUCCCUCUUCCCUCCCCAUCCUCCCCUCUGCCCCUCUCUACAGUAGCCCCUACGAGCUUCGAGGUUCCAUCACCCCACCUUCCCCGGGCAACCCCCUUGGAGACCCCUAUUUCACCCAUUCCCCUCCUCUCUUUGCCCCCUCAGGAGCCCCUCCACCAAACUCCUUGGUGGGUUCUCGCUCCCUCUCCCCCACCCACUUCCUCUCAGGCACUUCCUCCCCCCCAUUGCACCCCUUACCCCCUCCUGCCUGCCUCAGUUACCCCCAUCUGUCAUCCCCUCCCUCUUCCAAACCCUUUGCUUCAAAGCCCCUCCCAUACUGGACCAAGUACGAUGUGGCAGAUUGGCUGGGCUACCUGAAUUUGGGAGAGCACAGGGAGAGAUUCCUGGACAAUGAGAUUGAUGGCACACACCUCCCUUCCCUCACCAAGGAGGACUAUCUGGACUUGGGGGUGACCCGUGUGGGCCACCGCAUGAACAUCGAGCGGGCACUGAAGAGACUUUUGGACAGGCUUUCUUCUCCCUUUCCUGUCUCUGCUCUUUCUCCUCGAGAGGGACAGACUGAGAGAAGGAGGGAUGAGGGGACACGAAGCUGAGAGGAGAGACAGAGAGGGAGAGAGUGAGAGGAUGAGGUGGGGAGAGAGAGAGAGAACACAGCUGCCUCUAGUCAUGCUGGAUUCUGAAUCUGAUGGAAACAAGACUUCAGUGCCGAAGAGAAUAUUUAUAAAGAGAAGAAAGGAAGAAGGGAUGGAGAAAUGGAAGAGAAGCAGACAUGCCAGGGCAGGUGCACUGCCGACUGAAACAGACACACACAUUCACAGACACAUUUUGAUACAGAAACAAGUACACAAACAAAAGCACACACCCACAAACACAUAUUUACAUCACUACCAGACACAUUACAGAAACAUGUUUGUCAGUGACAAAACAAAAACCAAACAACCAAACCAAAUAGUGAAAACUGGUUGAAACCUGGGAGACUUUUCUUCGCCAUUUUUUAAAAGAUAAUGAGAAACUGAGUGAGCAAGAGCAAGCCGGGGAGAAUUAUGCUAAGAAAGUUAUUUCUGAGCCUUUUUAAAGUAUACUAAGAGUUUCUGUAUGGUGAAACAUGCAUUAAAGCAGUGCAUGAAGAAAGGCUUCCCCUCAGCGACAUCAAUGUGUCUUUUCUGUGGGUACAGCCCUGCAGGAGACGUUUAUGUAUUUACCUCACUAUUAGACUUGAUGGGCGCUGUUCUGUAAGUGCACUGAAUGCACAGUGUGUACUAUGCUAUACAAUAGCAUCUAUACAGACUGGCCUUUGCAACAAAGCCUGUAGCAAAAAAGUGCCCACACCAACAAUGAUGGUAUCAGACGUGCACACACACACACACACACACACACACACACACACACACAUACACACACACACACACACACAAACACACACAUAUGCAUACAUGCACAUGCCUCUUUGAGUUGUAUCAACAAGGCUAAACACCUUAAAACAUAAAAUAUAUUUAAGAACUUUAUUGAAUUAAGACAUUAUAAUUAAAUAUUUUGAGCAAAGUUAUACAGGAUACAAAUAACUGCAUUUUAAAGAAAGACUUCCAAAGCAUUGAACUGAUUCCAACAUUGACAACAGCCAACAAUGAGAAUCAUACAUUUCUGAACUGGUUGGUGGAGAGCGAAAAACAUGAAGAGGAGAUGGGGGAAGAAGAGAGAAAAAACUUGGAUCAGUUGCUCUCUCCCACCCAAUUCCACCCAUCUCAAACAGUAUUUUUUAGAAGGAUUCAAAGAAGAAUUAAUAAAUGAGUACACAAAUGGACGGAUGAGUGAACUUACAUCUGUUUUGAAGAUAUGAUUGUUUAAAACCUUUUUUUUAUUUAAAUGGGUGAAGAAUUCUGCUAUUAUAGAAGAUUAUUAUCAUUAAUGUUAUUAUCAUCAUCAUCAUUACUGUUAUAUUUUUAUUGUGAGCAACAAUUCCCCUGCUGUGCCUAUGAGGGUGCUCUUAUAGAUCGUUAUAUCCCUAGUAUGAUUAUUAUUGAUGUGAGUUGUGGUUCCUCAUUUUAUGGACACUCACAGUGAUGUAGUAGAAUCAUUUUAAGUAAUGUGCAAAAAGGAAAAGAACAGCACACACGGCACAAAUUAUUUACAUUUUAAAUGCUUUUCAGGUUUGAAAUAUAUAUAAUUAUGAAGCUAAUCUUCAGUGAAAAACAAUUGAGCCAAUGCUUUUCAGUCAAAUAGUGGCAAAUCUCUAACAAAAUAAGCAUUUAGGGCAACCACAGAUAAACCAAAACAUGCAUGUAAAGAGGUAGGCAACAGGGUAAAGGAGUGGAGAUUUGUAUUGUGACCUGGUUUACAUUAUAGAUGCUAACAGUGAUCUGUUGGUUUGAAUAGUGCCAACACAAUAUGGUUAAAGAUUUAUAUCUGUAGGUACAAUCACAAAGGGUCACUUUCUCCCUCUGUCUCUUUUUCUCUAAUUCUCAUAAACUUUUGCAGUGAUCAACUCAAAAAGGGCUCUUCUAUUUUCCUGCAUACCUGUCUUUAUAUAUGUAUAUUAUCGACUGAGCUUGUACCCUGUCUCCUGUUGAUCCUGCAAACAUAGUGGUGCGUCCCUCACACACUCACACACAAGGGUAUUGUACUUCUUCAGUGGGCUGAACAAGUUCUGCUCUCUAGCUAUUUGUAUGUCUGUCUUUUCCUAUUCAAAAAGGAGUGGGGCCCUUGAAGGAUUUUAGAUACACAUGCACACACACAUACAAACAGAUGAAGACACACUUGUCACCUUUAUUAUCCCUCUUGUAGAAUUAUUUUGGGAGAAUUAUAUUACUGAGAAAUGCUGUUAUAUUGAUGAGUAUAAUUGUGACGAUGAUGGUAACAAUAUUAGUGAUGAUCAUAAUAACUGUUCAAGAUGUACAAUUUUCAAAGUUUUACAGAAUCUUUGUCUUCCAAAUAAGGUUUAACAUGAAGAAAAGGUACAUUUUGUUCAUUUAUUUAUUGAAGUGCUUUCUAGACAACUUGUUCCAUUCCCUCUGUUGUUUCUCGCAGUGUAUUACAAUGUAUGACUCCACAGUGAGCAAAGAGUUUUGGCUCCCAAGCCCCGCCACUGUACAGGAAAAAUACCUUGAUAAUGAGCUAUAUUUUGUUACAUAUAUAUUUUGUUUCAGCCACUGAGAUAUAUAAAGGUUAUAUUGCAGAUUCAUUAUAUUAUCCAAAGAAAUCUGUUGGGCCACCAACAUUAUACAGUUGUGGCAAUCUAUAUCUGAGCUCAAGGCAUUGCCCCAAAAUCAUUACCAUCCAUUUACUCAGACAUACUGUACAGGGCCUUUUGCAUAAAUAUUCCCACAUAAAUGUGUGCCUAUGUGAAUUGGAGGGUUGUUGUUACUGUACUAUUAUAAAGGAGUAAGACCAUGAUUAAGGGAUUGAUCAGGGGGUAUAGAAAGCAUUGUUUCCUUUAAAAUAUUUUAAAAUUGUAAAAAGAAAUGAUAUGAACAGAUGAAAGGUUAUUUACAACAUAUGAUGCACACACACAUAUAUACAUACACAUACAGUAUAUGAAUUUAAAAAUGUUUUAAGAGAUGACAAUAUUAUUAGAAUUAUAAUAAAGAUGCUGAAAUAAAAGAAGUUCUGAAUAA